AUGACAGACAUCGCCUCACUCCAGUCCCAGUGGCUGCUGCAGCUCUCGGAAAUGCAGCAGUCCAUCGCCGACUUGAAGCUAACCGAACGUGCCAAAAGCUUCGACCUGACCAGCACGGCCGAAAUCGACCUCGAUUUUGAAGACGACGACUACUCGUCAGGCACAGUGGACGAUAUCUGGGACGUGAUAAGCUCGGAUGAGGAAAGCGACGACUUUGAUGAGAUAAACGGGGUCUCGCUUGUCUCUGAAGCCGACAGCUACAGUUAUGUCUGGUUAGAGACAAAAUGCCAACAGCUGGCUUCCCAGGGUUCAGGGCUUGACAGCGGCGAGAUUCGCGACCAGAUUACCGCCCUCCUAGCAUCUGAUGCUGGCGACGACGAAUUGCAAAUGUCCCUGGCGGAAAUAGUUGGAUUUGACAACCUUGACCUGGUUAUCGACUUGAUCACACAUCGGCACGAAAUUCUAUCCUCUAGAACAACGAAAUCCACGGUACAGACAGAUGGACUUAUUGCAGGAAAACUACAAUCGCUCGCAGAGCGCGAACAAGCUCUUCACCGACAAGACUACCAACACAAACAUACCCCUUUGGCGGCAGCGCAAACUCGCGAGGAACCAAAAUACCCACACGUUUAUAAAAUACACGAUUCACGCAAUAUGCUGUCGCUGGGAGGAAAGAAAUAUGGUCUUCCUAUGGGAAGCGAACAGUCUGAACAGCCAAAGUACACGGAAAUUAGUGUUCCAGCGUCGCGUCACGCCUCGCCGGUUGGUCCAAAUCAGAAGCUUGUCCAGAUAUCGUCCCUGGAUGGGCUAUGUAGAGGCACUUUUAAAGGAUACAAGUCCCUAAAUAGGAUGCAGAGUUUGCUCUACGACGUCGCCUACAAAACGAGUGAGAACAUGCUCAUCUGCGCUCCAACUGGUGCUGGUAAGACGGAUGCUGCCAUGUUAACUAUUCUCAACGCCAUUUCGAAAAAUAUCGCUCCGAGUCCGCUUGAGGAACCCGAUGCCACCGAAUUCGUCGUACAACUAGACGACUUUAAGAUCGUCUACGUCGCACCGAUGAAGGCACUGGCAGCUGAAGUCACGGAAAAACUUGGAAAACGCCUGGCAUGGCUGGGUAUCCAGGUGCGCGAGUUGACGGGAGAUAUGCAACUGACGAAGCGUGAAAUUGUUGAGACCCAAAUCAUCGUGACUACACCAGAGAAAUGGGAUGUUGUGACAAGAAAGAGCACUGGUGACACGGAGCUGGUCCAAAAGGUCCGCUUGCUUAUCAUUGAUGAAGUCCACAUGCUCCACGAUGAGCGUGGUGCUGUUAUCGAAUCUCUUGUUGCGCGUACUGAGCGCCAAGUUGAGAGUACACAAUCUUUGAUUCGAAUCGUUGGUCUAUCGGCAACACUUCCAAAUUACAUCGAUGUCGCGGAUUUCUUAAGAGUCAACCGAAUGGCUGGUCUCUUCUUCUUCGACCAAUCUUUCCGUCCAGUACCAUUAGAGCAACACUUUCUCGGCGUAAAAGGAAAGGCUGGUAGUAAACAGUCUCGUGAAAAUCUUGACGCGGUUGCUUUUGAAAAAGUGCGCGAUAUGCUGGAGCGAGGCCACCAGGUCAUGGUUUUUGUCCACUCUCGGAAAGAUACUGUCCUGACCGCUCGCACUUUUAAGCAAAUGGCUGCUGAAGAGCAGUGCGAGGAUCUUUUCACGCCCGAACAGGAUACUGAAGGUUAUAGCCAGGCGGUCAAGGAUUUGAAGUCUGCCCGGGCAAGAGAGCUUCGUGAUCUCUUUGCUGCUGGGUUUGGCGCUCACCAUGCUGGACUGACAAGAUCAGACCGUAACUUGAUGGAGAGAAUGUUUGCUGAAGGCCACAUCAAAGUUCUCUGUUGUACGGCGACCCUGGCAUGGGGUGUCAAUCUUCCUGCCGCGGCAGUCGUCAUCAAAGGAACACAGCUUUACAGUGCCCAAGAGGGUAAGUUUGUGGACCUUGGGAUUCUCGAUGUCCUCCAGAUCUUUGGUCGUGCUGGUCGUCCGCAAUUCCAGGAUACCGGUAUCGGUUUCAUUUGCACAACACACGACAAGCUCCACCAUUAUCUUUCUGCCGUGACAUCGCAGCAGCCCAUUGAGUCACGAUUCUCUGGUAAAUUGGUGGACAAUUUGAAUGCCGAAAUCUCGCUUGGCACAGUCACCACCGUAGCCGAGGCAGUGCAAUGGCUUGGUUAUUCAUAUCUCUUUGUCAGAAUGAAACGUGAGCCACGAAACUACGGCAUUGAAUGGGCAGAGAUUCGUGAUGAUCCAAUGUUGGUGCAGAGACGCCGCGAGUUGAUAGUCAACGCUGCUCGUACUCUGCAAAAAAGCCAAAUGAUUAUAUUCAAUGAACGAACCGAAGAACUACGCGCCAAAGACGUUGGCCGUAUUGCAAGUCAAUUUUAUGUCUUGCAGACCAGUAUUGAAAUUUUCAAUGAGAUGAUGCGCCCCCGGUCCGGGGAAGCAGACGUCCUUCGAAUGAUCAGCAUGAGUGGAGAGUUUGACAACAUCCAGGCUCGUGAGAACGAAUCCAAAGAGAUCCAAAGGCUUCGUGAUGAAGUCAUUCAGACCGAAGUCGAAGGGGGCAACGAUUCACCCCAUGCCAAGACGAAUAUUCUUCUCCAGUCCUAUAUCUCUCGUGCCAAAUUGGAGGAUUUUGCCCUAGUUUCAGACCUGGCCUACGUCGCCCAACAGUCGGCACGUAUUUGUCGUUCUCUAUUCAUGAUUGCUCUAAAUAGGCGCUGGGGAUAUCAAUGCCAGGUUUUGUUAUCCAUGUGCAAAUCAAUUGAGAAACAAAUAUGGCCAUUCCAGCAUCCUUUCCACCAAUUCGACUUGCCUAUACCUAUUCUCAAGAACUUAGACGAUAAAUUGCCAACAUCGUCGGUGGAGUCUCUGCGAGAUAUGGAGCCGGCUGAGAUUGGACAGCUUGUACACAACCAUCGCAUGGGCAACACUCUUACCAAGCUACUCGACAACUUUCCGACUUUGAGUGUGGAGGCUGAAAUUGCACCGCUGAACCGUGAUGUUUUACGCAUCCGGCUUUCGCUCUACCCUGACUUUAUCUGGAAUGAUAGACACCACGGAGCGUCAGAGGGGUACUGGAUCUGGGUUGAGAAUUCUGAUACGUCUGAGAUCUACCAUCAUGAAUAUUUUAUAUUGAGCCGAAAGAAGCUCCAUGAUGACCACGAGCUGAAUUUCACAAUUCCCCUUUCUGAUCCACUACCAGCCCAGAUCUAUGUUCGUGCUAUUUCUGAUCGCUGGCUCGGUGCUGAAUCCGUUACACCUGUAUCGUUUCAACAUCUUAUCAGACCGGACACGGAGAGCGUGUACACUGAUCUUUUAGACCUCCAGCCUCUUCCAAUUUCGGCUUUGAAGAAUCCCUUACUAGAAGAGAUUUAUGGGCAACGAUUCCAAUACUUCAAUCCUAUGCAGACGCAGAUUUUUCAUACGUUGUAUCAUACAUCUGCCAAUGUUUUGCUUGGAUCGCCUACUGGAAGUGGUAAGACAAUCGCUUGUGAAUUGGCCAUGUGGUGGGCCUUUCGUGAAAAGCCAGGUUCCAAGGUUGUUUAUAUCGCCCCUAUGAAAGCGCUUGUUCGUGAACGUGUACAAGAUUGGCGUAAACGCCUCACUGCGGUAAUGGGCCUGAAGUUGGUUGAGUUGACUGGCGACAAUACUCCAGAUACCCGUACAAUCAGGGAUGCCGAUAUCAUCAUUACUACGCCUGAAAAAUGGGAUGGCAUUUCUCGAAGUUGGCAGACCAGAGGUUAUGUCCGACAAGUCAGCCUGGUGAUUAUUGACGAGAUCCAUUUGCUUGGUGGUGACCGUGGUCCAAUUCUGGAAAUUAUCGUCUCGCGUAUGAACUACAUUGCUUCUCAGUCUAAAGGCUCUGUUAGAUUAAUGGGUAUGUCGACCGCAUGCGCCAACGCCACAGACCUGGCAAACUGGCUUGGUGUUAAAGAGGGACUCUAUAACUUCCGACACUCGGUACGUCCAGUUCCGCUAGAAAUAUUCAUCGAUGGUUUCCCGGAGCAGCGUGGGUUCUGCCCGUUGAUGCAGUCGAUGAACCGUCCAACAUUUCUGGCGAUCAAAAAUCAUUCUCCUGAGAAGCCAGUUAUUGUCUUUGUCGCUUCCCGAAGACAGACGCGAUUGACAGCGAAGGAUUUGAUCAACUACUGCGGAAUGGAAGACAACCCACGCCGAUUUGUUCGUAUGUCUGAAGAAGAUCUUCAGCUGAAUCUUUCCCGUGUUAAAGAUGAUGCUUUACGGGAAGCUCUUAGCUUUGGCAUUGGACUUCACCAUGCCGGUCUUGUUGAGUCUGAUCGACAACUUUCUGAGGAGCUUUUCGCCAACAAUAAGAUCCAGAUCCUUGUCGCCACGAGCACUCUUGCUUGGGGAGUGAAUUUGCCGGCUCAUCUUGUUGUGGUCAAGGGUACCCAGUUUUUCGACGCCAAGAUCGAAGGGUACAGAGAUAUGGAUUUGACCGAUGUGCUGCAAAUGUUGGGAAGAGCUGGACGUCCGCAAUUCGACAAUUCGGGUAUUGCGCGUAUAUUCACACAGGAUUCCAAAAAGGCAUUCUACAAGCAUUUCUUGCACACUGGAUUCCCGGUCGAAUCAACCCUUCACAAAGUUCUGGACAAUCACUUGGGUGCCGAAGUAUCUGCUGGCACAAUCGUGACAAAGCAGGAUGCACUGGAUUAUCUGACCUGGACUUUCUUCUUCCGUCGAAUUCACAAGAACCCUUCGUACUACGGACUGGAAAUAUCAGCAGACGAGCAUAAUUCUAUCGCUGCCCAGCAAAUCGCAUCAGAUUUUAUGAUUGACCUAGUUGAUAAAUCUUUGGGCGAACUUGCCGAGUCUUCCUGUGUUAUCUUGGAUUCGGCCACGGGAGAGGUCGAUUCUACGCCGUAUGGCAAGAUUAUGAGUUACUACUACCUUUCUCACAAGACAAUCCGGUACUUGAUGAGCAAUGCCAAACGGGAUCCGACGUUUCAAGAAGCUCUCGCUUGGAUGUGCUCUGCCACUGAAUUCGAUGAACUGCCUGUACGACACAAUGAAGACCUCAUCAAUGCCGAGCUUGCUCGCAAUUUACCACUCUCCCCGGAGCCCAUGGGUGACUUGCCCAUGUGGGAUCCCCAUAUCAAGGCUUUCUUGUUGCUGCAAGCAUACAUGUCGCGUGUGGACCUACCUAUUUCGGAUUACGUCGGUGACCAGACAUCCGUGUUGGAUCAGGGUAUCCGUAUCAUCCAGGCUUCCAUCGACGUUCUCGCCGAACUAGGCUAUUUGCCUGCGUGCAGGAUGAUGAUGACCCUGCUACAGUGCAUCAAAUCCGCCCGAUGGCCCGAGGACCACCCGCUCUCUAUUCUCCCCAGCAUCGAACCGGAUACAAUAAAACCAAAGACUGGCCUACCGGACACGUUGGUCGCGCUCACCUCUACACGUGCACCAGCACUGAUUCAAAAACUCAACACGAUCUCUCCGAGAUUGUCUAUCUCCCAAGUAGACAAAAUCAUCUCGACGCUCCCGCGCAUAUCGAUUUCACUGGCAGACAUCUCCCCAACCGGCAUGUCCCUAACCCUAACCCGCCAAAACCCGUCGUCAACACCAGACUUCAAAAUCUACGCACCGCGGUUCCCGAAACCUCAAACCGAGGGCUACUUUCUUAUUAUCACGGGUGAAACCAACGGCGAACUCAUUGCCCUCAAGCGUGUUUCGUGGUCUUCGAAAAACAACGGCGGCAACAACAAUAGGAACAGGAAUGUCUCGAAGAAGAGUCACGGACCUGUUGUCAUGGCUAGAGCUACUGUCAAGUUCCAGGACGAUCCUGCUUAUGCUUCUGGUUCGGUACGGAAGGUCAAUGUGAGGGUGAUUAGUGAUGCUUAUGUUGGCAUGGAGUGGACAUUGAAUGGCAUCGAAGUGCCUAUCGUGGAUGUGGCUGGGCCUUCUUCGGGUGCGAAGACAGUGGAGGUUGAUGCUCAGGUUGAGAAGUAG